AUGAUCCCGCCUAGCCGGGACGGGACAGUUUCCGAGAUCCCGCUUGUAAUACAAACACUAAUUAGUGUUUAUAUGACCACUUUUCCAUCCCGCCUAGGCGGGAUCCCGGCACUUCUUGCCGGGAUCCCGCUUAGACGGGACGAGAAAUUGCCAUAUAAACACUCCAUCCCGCUUGCCCGGGAUGAUUCGCAAUUAACAUACAUUAAGAGCAUGGGUAUAUAUUGGCAUAUUCGUUUUCUACAAUAAAACAUGCCGUCGAAGGAACCUGCACUACAAAAUGAACUGCAUAUAAACACGCCAUCCCGCCUAGGCGAGUUUCCCGGCUAAGCGAGAUGAAAACAUCCCGUCCCGGCUAGACGGGAUCAUAUAAACAGGCCCUAAGUGUAAUGCAUUUGCUUGCCGCUGAUCAAAUAGACCACGGAUUCAUUAAGCACUUCGCGCUUUUUUUCCGCGGAUUAGAAACCUGAUUGAUAAAUAAAUUUAUUAAUUUAAUUUAAAUUUCAAAUUAAUCAAAUAUAAAGUACAGUACGUUGGAAUUUUCAUUCGAAGAAGCAUGGGAAGACAUCUAAAAGAAAAACGACGCCAAUACAAGCAGAACCGUAGGGAAAGGUUGAACAAGAAGAAAAAUUAUGUGUUUAUAGAAGUCAAUAAAGAUGAUAAAAAACAUGAAGAGAGAGAUGAAAUUGAAGCAGCACAAUUGGGUAAUGAUGUUGCAAUUGGCAAUAAAACUAGUGCCAAAGAGAUGGAUAGGAAUGUAGCAAAGGAUUGGUUAUACAUGAAUAUGAUCAAAUAUUUUAAGAAAAAGAAUGGAUUUCUGAAGUUUAGGAGAGCUAUGGAAAAACCAAAAGAGGGUGAAUAUUGUAGUGGUGAGUGAAUGCUAUUGUGUAUGGUAGUUACAGUAAAUUCAAUUUAGCUCUGUGAUAGUGAGUUAAUCUACAUUACUUUUGAAACUGAGAAAUUUUUUAAUGCGAAUAAAUAGGCUGAACAUUGCCAUCAAGAAGGUAAUAUUGUUCAAUGUAGGCAUAUCCAUUAUACAAAUCUCACUAACUUUAAGCUUUUGGAUUGACUUAUGCACAAACAAGAUCUUUAAACUGCUGGGUUGAUUUGGAGUGACCAUUUUGUGAGAUCUUUAAAGAGACCUUUGUCAGUGAGUGACUGUUAUUGUGUAGU